GGGCUUUCAGGGUUUUAAACUUGGCUUCCUCCAUCCCGCCCUCUCCUGCUCGUGGGCUCCUGCGCAUACUGUGCCGUCCCGGAGGAGGUGAGGCGUCUGUCCUUCAGGGAUCCCCCCAGGCCUGGCAUGGAGAGCCUGGAGGAGUGCGGAGAGGACGCCGCGCUGGAGCCCUGCAGGACCACCCAGGCCUACGUGACGUUCAAGGAUGUGGCCGUGGACUUCACCUGGGAGGAGUGGAGGCUCCUGGACCCUCCCCAGAAGGAACUGUUCUGGGAGGUGAUGCUGGAGAACUACAGGAACCUGGUCUGCCUGGGCCUUGCUGAUUCAAACAAGGAUGUGAGGAUCUCUGAGCUGGAGUCAGGGGAACCACAUUGGAUUCCAACUGGUGGUGUCCUAAGAAGCUGCUGGCCAGGUUGGGAAUCGAGGCUGCAGACCAAGGAGUCAGCUCCCAAGAUGAGUAUUUCUGUGAAAGUCUUAUCCCAGGAAAAGUUCUUGGAGGAUGAUCUAAGAAUCUGCAAGAUGGAGAAAGCCUGGGAGUGUGAUGGCAGAUUGAAGAGAAAGCAGAGAAUGGAGGGGAAACCUUCUAGAGGAAUAAAAAUAAUCCAAGCAGAACCUCCCAAUGAGGCUGGAGGCUCUGCAUAUGAUAAAUACAGUCAGACCCCUAGCCCAGAGCCAGGCCUUUUUCCACAACAGGGAGCAUCUGUAGUUAUGCAGGGCCAGAAAGGAGAUAACCAGAGAGGACGUUCCACCAUGUAUUUGAACCAAGGACAAAGUGAUCAAAUCCAUUCCAGGAAGAAACGUCGUAAUAAGGUUACAAAAUGUCAGAAAGUGCUGGGCCAUGAUUUGGGCUCCAUAAAAAAACGUGGAAUGCUUUCUGAAGAGAAAGUUCAUGAAAGGGGGAAUUCAUUCCCUCGUAUUAAUGAAUUUGGUCCACACCAGACAACUGAUAGGGGGAAAAAGUGUAAUGAACUAACUAAAUGGAGGAAGACAGUUUGUGCUGAACUUUACUCUCGUUGUCAGAGUAGAGAGAGACGGUACAAAUGCAAUGAAUGUGGAAAGGCCUUCCUGCAUAAAGGGGCUCUUAAAGCACAUUACAGAAUUCAUACUGGAGAGAAACCUUUUAAAUGCAGUGAAUGUGGAAAGGCCUUCCCGCAAAAGGGGACUCUUAAAAUACAUUACAGAAUUCAUACUGGAGAGAAAGCUUUUAAAUGCAGUGAAUGUGGGAAAGCCUUUUCCAGGGCUGGAACACUAAAAGGACAUCAGAGUACUCAUACUGGAGAGAAACCCUUUGAUUGCAGUGAAUGUGGGAAGACAUUCCGAAGAAAUUCUUGCCUUUUAAGUCAUCAGAGGAGAAUUCAUGGAGGAAUUAAACUUCAUGAAUGCAAUGUAUGUGGGAAAGCAUUCUAUGGGAAGUAUGAUCUUACUACUCACAGUAGAAUACAUACUGGAGAGAAACCCUAUGAAUGCAGUGAAUGUGGGAAGGCCUUUUCCAGUAAGUCAUAUCUUACCUACCAUAGCAGGAUUCAUGCUGGAGAGUGUAAACCUUAAAAUUUCUUAGACUUAUAAAUGUUGGAAAUUUCACCAUUGGGAAAUUUCAUACUUGAAAAAUUUCCUACUGAUAGUCUAUUGGAAUGUGAACCCCAUUGGCAUGGGAGGGUCCUUCUCCUCCCUACUUAAGAUUACUUUAGGACAGAAACCUUUUGCUGAACAAUGGAAAGGACUUUGACCUAUGCUUAAGCAUAGAACAGGAAUUUCUUUGAGUCAUGAUUGAUUUUAGAAUUGAUACAAUGGAGAUACUUGGAAUGACAGAACCAGGUCUUGGAACUUGCAAUCUCCACCCUACUCAGUCCUAACAGGAUUGAGGAAGGGCUGCAGCAUAGAUCAAAAUUAUUCUAAUCUCUACCCUACUCAGGGUAACAGGAUUUAGGAAGGGCUGUAGCAAAAGAUCAAGAUUUUAUUAUUUGAGAAUAUGACCUUCAACAGACAUGUGCAAAGCCACAGACCUCUGGGCGGUCCUGGGUUAAACUAGAGCCACCAUUGGCACAGGGAAAAUGGUGGACAGUGAUUGGUAGAUGUGAGAACUGAGGUGAGGGAACUUGGAUGGUUUCCUUAAAGAUAGAGGGGUCUGAGGACUGAGGGGGUUGGUUGGAGAGUUUUGGCUCUGAGUGGUUGGAGAGGUGCUCUGAGAAGCUUGCUCUGAAGGAAGCUGGAGGUGGAGGCCCUUGAGACUGUUUCUCCAUUUUGGUCACAUGAGUAAUAGGGACUGAUCUCCUUCCUUUGCCCCAGCUAUCUAAGGGCUUGGGCCUUUUGGCCCAGCCUAAACAGAAGGGGUAUUUAAGCCCUAUUCCCUUCUCUCCCCUUUCUCUCUCUCUCUCUCUCUCUCUCUCUCUCUCUCUCUCUCUCUCUCUCUCUCUCUCUCUCUCUCUCUCUCUCUCUAUCUCUCUCUCUCUCUCUCUCUCUAAUUCCUUUCUUCCUCCUGUUUGUAAUUAAACUCUAUAAAAGUUGACGGCUGACUUGAGUUUUCAUUUAGGAAUUACAUAGCUGAAUUCCUUGGCAACCUUAAAUUAAUAUAUAUCAGUCUUUUAAAGUGAUUUCCUUGUCACAAGAGAAACCUUUUCAAUGUGAUAUUUGUGGAAAAGUACUUCUCUCUAAAUUUAACCUGAACCAUCAUCAGAAAACCCAUAUUGAAGAGAAACCUUUUUUGUGCAGUGUUUGUGGGAAAGGUUUUCCUGGGAAAAAAACUCUGACUGCACAUCAAAGAACUCAUGCUGGAAAGAGAACCUCUGAGUGCAGUGAAUGAGGAAAGAUCUUUCCUCGAAAGUCAUCUUACAUCUCACUCUACUAUUCAUAUUGGGGGAAAAAUCUUUUGAAUGAGAAGGCUUUGGGAAAGCCUUUCCCCAGAAAACAGCACUGACUCUCCCCAUCAGAAAACAUAUUCUUGGGGAGAAACAUUAUGAGUGCGAUGUAUGUGGAAAGGCUACACCCACAAUAAAAGCCUUUCUUUCAUAAGAAAAUACAUUGGUAUAGGGCUGGAGCCCACCAGCUGUGUGGUUUAGUAGAUGGAGAGCCAGACGUAUUGUGUAAUUAGAAAUCUUCAAUUCUUGAACUUCAUCUCCCAGAAUUCUUUUUAAUUCAUCCAUGUUACAUCCUCACAUUUGGUAAAUAAGUUGUGUGUAACUCCACCCUUUCUCUCUCUUCUGAUGGCGCUCUGUGCUCUGAUGGCUAUGAGUGGGGUUGUUGGAAGCUUUCUUUCUUUAACUGAGAUUAUUUUCCUUAUUCUUCAAAUAUUUAUUAAUAAACUAUAUAAAACGUAA